CCUAGCAGUUGGGAGAGUCGUGGAGUUUGACUCUGGUUGUUAUGCGGUUAGUGCUUAAAAGUUAAUUUUGUAAAAUUAUUUCACGUUGAGUUGACGGGAGGGUGGUCACAGCGAUGUUCUCCACUCUGAGGAAGCUCUUUUGCUUUAAGAAGGAGCCAAAAACCCCCUUGGGGUUUUGUGACGGCCCAAGUAGUGAGAGAGAGACCUUGUUCUGCUGCAAGUGCAGAACUAAAGAAUACCAAGAGACAUAUGAGGCAGAGAAUGAAUUUCACCAAGCAGUGUGCGCAGGAAAACUCGAAGUGGCACUGCGUCUCCUUGCGAAGGAGGGUUUUCAAAUAAAUGAUGAGGACCCAAGGAAACGAACUGCGCUCCACUUUGCCUGCUUUCAUGGUCAUCUGCAUUUGGUUUAUUUUCUCCUAUUCAAUGAAUGUGAGAUAAACGUCCUGGAUGAUGAAAACUCCACACCACUAAUGAAGGCUGUGCAGAGCUUGCAGACAGAGAUUGUUUCUGUCCUGCUUGAUAAUGAAGCAGAUCCCAAUAUUAAGGACUGCAAUGGGCAAACUGCAAUACAUCUAGCAGUAUAUGGAGGCAGCCUAGAAAUUGCCAGCAUUCUUCUUGAAUUUGGGGGAAAUAUUGAAGAAACUACACAGGAUGGGCUUACCCCUCUGAUGCUAGCACUCCAAGAAAGGAAACUCCUCAUUGCAGAAUUCCUAAUCACACACGGGGCAAAUAUUCAUGUACGUGAUGGUCAUCAAAGGUACUGUAUUUUGAAUUUUUAA